UUCAAGCACUCAGUGUUUUGAAGUGGAACUGAAAUAAAGUGAAAAUGUUUCGAAUGAAGUCAACGGUAAUUUUAAUCCUAAGUGUUGUGUGCUUAGGCUUAGCAUCACUUCAAGCUCCAGAUAGCAAGAAACAUCACGUUGCACUUUUUCUCGAUAUCAUCGAGAAAGGUUUGAUUUAUUCAAUCAAGAACUUCACUGAAACUGGAUAUCGCUCAGAUUUUUUCAACAAAUACAUUCUUGAAAUGAACGAGAAUCCUUAUGAAAUUCUCGCGAGAUUAGAACAGAAACCUGAACCAGCUUUUCUCACAUGCACCGCCUGUCGUAUUUAUCUUGCUUCACUUCUUUCCGAUCGUCGCAACAACAAUGCGUCACCGGAAGAACUCGCAGAUUCAGCAUUUGGCAUGUGCAGAAUUGUCACGCCAUUUACCGAUCCAGUUUGUCGGGGCCUUAUAGACAAAAACGUCGAGCCAAUGCUUUUCAUCGUUGAUUCUCGUCCGACUUUAACUGCAACUCAAAUGUGUGGUCUGGUUCUGCAAGGUGAAUGUGGUGGAGUUGAUCCUGUUUUUGAUUUCACCAUAAGUGUCAGUCAGGGACCUCCCAUCACGUCACCUAAAACAGUUUUCUCACCUCGCUCUCCGAACGAUCUUAGAAUCAUCCACAUAACCGAUUUACAUUACGAUCCAAAUUACUUAGAAGGUUCUUUAGGAAAUUGUGUCAACCCAGUGUGUUGUCGUCGCAAUGACGGAAUUCCAGCCAAUCCAGCAGAUCGAGCUGGUUUCUGGGGAGAUUACCGAUCUUGUGACACUCCAUGGCGUGCAGUUGAAGACACACUUCGACGAGCUAGAGCAGCACAUCCUGAUGCAGAUGCCGUUUAUCAUACUGGUGACAUCAUUGAUCAUGGCAUUUGGGAAACAACUUUCGAUGGAAAUCGCGCUAUUAUGGACAGAACUUUUAAUAUGUUCCGAGAAGUGUUUGGCAACACGCCCGUUUUUCAUGUUUUAGGCAAUCACGAAGCACAACCGACCAAUCUUUUUGCACCUCCAACGGUUACAAGACCUUCGUUAUCACCAUCAUGGUUGUACAAUUACGCAGCCGACACUUGGGCAAGACAUGGAUGGAUUUCUGGGAAUGCAAUUAAUACAGUGAGAGCUGGUGGCUAUUACACGGCUUUAGUGAGACCAGGAUGGCGUGUGAUUGGAAUGAACAACAAUGAUUGCUACAUUUACAAUUGGUGGGUCAUGUACAGUAGAGCUGAAGCACAAUCAAAUCUUCUUUGGCUUCACAAUACUCUUUUGGCGGCAGAAGCAGCUGGCGAACGUGUUCAUAUUCUGAAGCAUCUUCCAUCAGGUGGUGGCAGUUGUUAUCAAUUCUGGUCACGACAAUAUCGAAGAAUCAUCGAUAGAUUCCAUCAUAUAAUUGGCGCACAAUUCAACGGACAUUCACAUCAAGAUGAGUUUGAAAUUUAUUAUGAUGUUGCGACUGCACAGCAUGCUAUUAAUGUUGCAUGGAAUGGUGGAGGUGCUACUGGUUUUGUUGCACUUAAUCCUAACUAUCAUCUUUACUAUGUUGAUCGACUUCAUUACCAAGUUACUGAUUUUGAAUCAUUUAUUUAUUCAAUUUCGGAAGCUAAUCUUACUCCACACCUUCCACCACGCUGGUUCAGACAAUAUUCAUUUGUAGAAGCUUUUGGAUUGGCAAACAUGUCGAUGGCUUCUUUGGAUCAACUUGCUUUCAAUCUUUCUCGUAACCGCAACUUAUUGAGACGUUAUUGGGAAUUUAAAGUGAAAGCUGCCGAUCCUAGAAUUGCUGCUGGAUGUGACGAUACUUGUUUGAGGGAGCAAGUAUGCAGCAUUGUUCUUAAUGAACACAAUGAUUUACGUCGUUGUAAUCAAGUAUUGGCUGUUUUUGGAACAUACAAAAACUUUCCACAGCUCUAUACACAAGUUGUUUCAUCGUCUACUCCAAUAGCAACGAAUGUAUCGACAGCAACAUUAAAUGCCGCAUCAACUGCGCUACCUGUGUCAACAUCAUGGCCAAAUAGCAAAGAUAAUUAUGAUUUGGGUGAGAUUAUUGGAGUUGGUGCGACAGCAGUUGUACAUUCGGCAUUUUGUAAGCCUCGUCAUGAGAAGUGUGCCAUUAAAAGGAUCAACUUAGAAAAGUGGAAUACUUCAAUGGAUGAGUUAUUGAAGGAGAUACAAGCAAUGAGCAGUUGUAAUCAUGAGAAUGUUGUCACUUAUCACACAAGUUUUGUUGUCGGCGAAGAACUUUGGCUUGUUUUGCGUCUACUUGAAGGGGGCAGUCUUUUGGACAUCAUUAAACAUCGAAUGAGAAAGAAUGAUUGUCGUAAUGGCGUGUUUGAUGAAGCUACAAUCGCUACGGGGCUUAAAGAGGUUCUUAAAGGUCUCGAGUAUUUUCAUAGCAAUGGACAAAUUCAUCGUGAUAUCAAAGCCGGCAACAUUCUUUUGGGCGAUGAUGGAACGGUUCAAAUUGCUGAUUUCGGCGUAAGUUCUUGGCUGGCAACAGGACGCGACAUGUCACGUCAAAAGGUUCGACAUACAUUUGUUGGAACUCCAUGUUGGAUGGCGCCAGAAGUGAUGGAACAAGAUCAUGGCUAUGAUUUCAAGGCUGAUAUAUGGAGUUUCGCAAUAACUGCUAUUGAAAUGGCGACGGGAACCGCACCAUAUCAUAAAUAUCCACCGAUGAAAGUUCUUCUGUUGACACUUCAAAAUGAUCCACCAAAUCUUGAUACAGCGGCAGAAGACAAAGAUCAAUAUAAAGCGUAUGGAAAAACGUUUAGGAAAAUGAUAAUUGAGUGCCUUCAAAAGGAUCCAACGAAACGUCCGCCGGCCAGUGAAUUAUUGAAGCAUCCAUUCUUUAAGAAGGCGAAAGAUAAGAAAUAUUUGGUACAAACGUUGCUUUCAACUGGCCCAUCGAUGAAGACACGUGUGAAUAAAGCGUCAAAGAGACAACCUGGUACAUCGGGUCGUCUUCAUCGUACAUUGACAGGCGAAUGGGUUUGGUCGAGUGAAGAAGAAGAUAAUGGAAGGAACUCGUCAGAUUCUGAAUCAGAAGAAAGGCCAUUGAAUCGUCUUGAACACGCUGAGGCGUCGGAUGAGCCCGAUGAAUCAGAACCUUCAGAAAAUACUGUCGCAACUGAUCCACCAACAGCAGCAAUCGACACAGCAAUGAGCGAAAAGUUGACAAUAAAUGACGGUCAAGUUGUAAAUUUGGUGCUAAGGAUGCGAAAUGCAAGUCGCGAAUUGAAUGAUAUUCGUUUUGAGUUUGUUGUUGGUAAAGACACAUCGGAUGGCAUUGCUUCAGAAUUAGUUGGAGCCGGACUUGUCGAUCCAAACGACAAUAGCGUCAUGUCGUCGAACCUUCAACGACUCAUCGAUCAGCGAAGCUCAAUGAAGACUGUAACUUUUCAAUUGCAUAGCAGUGGCGGUGAAGUGCCCGACGAAAAUCUGUUGUUGUGUCAAGUUCGUUUCAGUUUGCUCGCGAUGUUUCCGAGAUUAGUGGUUGCUAUUUUGUGUGUUGUAGCAUCUGCUACUGUCUUCGUCAAUGCUUUUGAUAUUAAUGAGGAUAGGAUACAUGAUUUGAAGAAUAGAAUUGGUGACAUCAAAAAUCAAUUACAUGGGGAUGAGUCGGAAAGUCAAUCCGAAUGGCUUAAAGGGAUUGUCAAUGAAAUUCCAAUUGAAGAUACGAGAGAUGAAGACAGUGACAGUUUCAUUUGUACAAUGUGUCCAAUUGUUGUUAACAAUUUCCUAGUAAUGAGAAGAGUACAAAACUUGAAAAAAGAUUAUCUUAUGAAACUUGCACUUAACAUGUGCGUCAACUUUGAAUUGCAAAGUGAAGAAGUUUGUAAAGGUGUCAUUGAAGUCAACACUCCAGCUAUUGCUUAUAUUGUGGACAAGCGACCUGAUUUAACAGCAGACACAAUUUGUAAAUUUCUUUUCAAUGGUGGCGAAUGCAAUAAACCAAUUAAAGAUGACAACAUGGACUUUUCAAUAAAAUUAAAUGAAAUAAAGCCAGCAAUAAAAUUACCAAAUGAAGAAAACAAAAUAUCUGAGAACUUAACAAUCGUUCACAUCACUGACAUUCAUUUAGAUCUCAAAUAUAAGAAAGGAGCUACUGCUGACUGCGGAGAAAUUGCAUGUUGUCGUGAUGUUGACAUUGAUGAAACUAAUGAGGAAGAUUUGACAUCACUUGCGGGACAUUGGGGGGAUUAUCGUUAUUGUGAUACGCCAUGGCAUGCAAUUGUUGAUUCAUUUAACCACAUCGUUAAACAACAUAAGAAAAUUGAUGCUAUUUACUUUACUGGCGAUAUUGUGGAUCAUUUCGUGUGGGAUUCGCCAAUAGAAAGUAUGAAAAGCUCAAUUGAAAAAGUAUACAAGCUCAUGAACGUGACGUUUGAGAAUAUCCCAAUCUUCCCUUUAUUGGGAAAUCAUGAAGCACAAAAUGUUUUUGCCCCACCUGAAGUAACUGACCUUUCACUAUCAACUAAAUGGCUUUAUCAACAUGUGUCGGAAGUUUGGAAAGAUUUUCUUCCAUCUGAUGCUUUGGAGACAGUCAAGACCGGUGGCUACUACACGACAUUAGUUCGUCCUGGUCUUCGUUUGAUAGCAUUGAACAAUAACGUCUGCUUCAAGUUAAAUUGGUGGAUUUUUUAUGGUGUAGAAUCGAUUGAGAGUCAAUUUCAAUGGUUUCAUGAUGUUUUACUUGAUGCGGAAAAAAAUGGAGAGAAAGUUCACAUUCUCGCUCAUAUCCCAAGUGGCGAUGAAGAUUUCCACUUGCCAUGUUCACGAGAAUAUCAGAGAAUCGUUGAUCGUUUUCAUGAAACGAUAACUGCAACUUUUAAUGGUCACACGGAAUUCUUUGGCUUUAACAUUUUCUAUCCAACUGACAACAAAACGACGCCAGUUAAUGUCGCAUGGAAUGGUGGCAGCUUAGCAACGUAUUCAGGUGUAAACCGCAAUUAUGUUGUCUAUGAAGUCGACGGAGCUAAUUAUCAUGUCACAGAUCUAGAAUCUUGGUCUUAUAACUUAACUGAAGCUAACAACAAUGAUGAGACAGAAAAUCCUUUUUGGUAUCAACAAUUUUCCCUUCGUGAAGCAUUCAACCUUACGGAUUUAAGGCCCAAAACAAUGGAAGAGUUCGUGAAGGGAUUACCACAAAAUGCGAACAAAACUCAAGAGCUUUGGCGUAUGACGAUUCGCGAUAGCAAUUUAAAGUUAAAGGAAGGAUGUGACAGUUUAUGCGUGCAAAACCUUCUCUGUGGGAUUCUCAUCACCGAUAACAGCGAUACCAGCCAAUGUCAAGAGAUUAAAGACGAGCUGAAAGGUCACUAA